GCCAAUCAGUCGCCAUGGUGGCUGUAAGAGUGAUUUUUCUGCUGGCACUUGUAUGCUGCGCUCUGCUAGUGAUUGAAGGAAGACCACACGAAAAGGAAGAAGAGUGGAAACAUGGUGGCGGUAAGGAACACCACUCAGAAGAGCAUUCGUCCCAUGGGGAAAAGGGUGAUAAAGGUCAUAAGCACGACGAGGAACACGAGGAAGGAAAGAAGGGACACCACGACAAGGAAGGCCACAAGAAGGAGUAUCAUGACGAGGGAGGACACAAGAAGAAGCAUCACGAUGAAGGCGGUUACCAUAAAGAGAACAAGAAAGGCGAGAAGGGUGAAAAGGGGCACAAGUUUGAGGAAAGCGGAAGCUUCAAGAAGGGACAUUCGACGAAGGGACAUCACGAAAUUCACAAACUAGACGAGUUCAAGAAGGAAAAGAAAUUCUUUGAUGAGGAUCACGAUGAGGCGUUUGACGAGAAGUUCGGGGACUUCAAGGAGGAGCAUGGCUACAAGAAGGGCGGUCAGGAAAAGAAGGGUCACAAAAAGGCUGGACACCAUGAAGAUCACUACGGUAAGAAGGGCAAGAAGAAGAAGGGAGCGCAUCAUCACGAUCAUGUGGGUCACAAGGACGAACAUGGCCACGAUGAACAUUGGAAUCACAAGGAGCACUUUGCCAAAAAGGGUGGCAAGGACCACCACAAAAAGUGGGGACACAAAAAAGGGCAUCAGUGA